CCUGGACGGAGGUUUGUUGUGGGAAAUCCGCGCCGUGAACCGACCCACCGCCGAGCGACCGACCGACCGAGCGAGCGCGUCCACGGGAGGGGGAACCAGUCCACUCCAGCGCCUCCGACACCGCUCCCACACGCGCCCUGCCACUGCGCACGGGGCAUCCGAGCAUGUGGCACCGCUGUCAGCCUGCAGAAAGUACCAGAUAAGAGGAAAAAAGUCACGGAGGAGGAACGGAGGACAGAGCUGGAGAAGCGAGCCGCCACCACCACCAGCAGCAGCAGCAGCACCAGCAGCAGCAGCACGAAGCAGCCAGUGCGCACGGAGCUGUCGCGAUGUUCUAGCUAAACAUGGACAGCAGGAUCAAGGAGAAUCCAGAGCGGACUUUUGAUCUGGUGGUACAGGUGGCGUGCCCCGCUUCUGAAAAUGAAGAUCCCUCUCUUCUGUGGAGCUUCCCCCAGGACGUCCAAGACCAGGAGGUCCUUCAGACGAUCCCAAAGUUCUGCUUUCCCUUUGACGUCGAGAGAGUGUCCCAGAGUCCAGUGGGACAGAACUUCACAUUCGUCUUGACCGAUAUCGAAAGUCAACAGAGAUUUGGAUUCUGCAGACUCACACAGGGAUGUAGAGUGUGCAUCUGUCUGCUCAGUUACCUCCCCUGGUUUGAGAUUUUCUACAAGCUGCUGAACACACUGGCGGACUACCUUACGAAACAACAGGAGAAUGACUUGAAUGACCUGCUGAAGUCUCUGUACGAGCUGCCGGUGCCAAAACCCUACACCCCCGUCAACCUGAGCGUGAAUGAGGAGCUGUGUAUAGCCACUGGGCACGUUCUCCAGCCUGGACCUCGCCCGGCCUCCCACUCGUACUUCAUCGCUCCAGACAUCCACGGACUCCCCACCAUCCCCGAAAGUAGGAACCUGACAGAAUACUUUGUGGCCGUAGACGUCAACAACAUGCUCCAGCUGUACGCAUCCAUGCUUCACGAGCGGAGAAUCAUCAUUACCUCAAGCAAGCUCAGCACUUUAACAGCGUGUGUUCACGGUGCGGCGGCUCUGCUCUUCCCCAUGUUCUGGCAGCACAUCUUCAUCCCAGUGCUGCCUCCUCAUCUGCUCGACUACUGCUGCGCCCCCAUGCCGUACUUCGUGGGAGUUCACCUCAGUCUGCUGGAGAGAGUCCGUAGCCGGUCUCUGGAGGACGUGGUCAUUCUGAACGUGGACACCAACGCCCUGGAGACCCCCUUCGACGACCUGCACCACCUGCCCAGCGACGUGAUGUCCUCUCUGAAGGCCAAACUGAAGAAGGCGUCCACGGCGACAGGCAGUGGAGUGUCUCGAGCCUUCCUCCGAGCUCAGGCCGCUCUGUUUGGGACGUACAGAGACGCACUACGAUACAAACCUGGGGAGCCGAUCACGUUCUGUGAAGAGAGCUUCGUGAACCAUCGCUCCAGCACCAUGAGGAGCUUCCUGUCCAUGGCCGUCAACCUGCAGCUCUUCAAACAGUUCAUCGACGGCCGCUUGGCCAAAUUGAACGCAGGCCGAGGUUUCACCGACGUGUUUGAAGAGGAGAUCACCGAGGGGGGCUUCUGUGGCAGUAAUUCCAGACAUUACCAGCAAUGGAUGCACACGGUCAAGAGAGGAGGAGCUUUUAUCAACACUGCAGUGACAAAGGCCAAGAGUCACGCCAAGAGAGGGAUCAAGGACAUAAAGGGACGCCUCAAAGCUCGGGAGGAGGAGGACGAGGGUCUGACCGUGUGUGGAGGGUCUCCCACCAGCACCAAGAGCCUGUCUCCACGACGACUGCACAAGAUCAGACGGCAACGUCUGAACAAGUCUCCUAUGAGCGUGGGCCCUCGGGAGCUGGGCUACGGCCUGGACGAUGACGAUACGGCCAGCAAGAUCUCUUCAGAGGACAGUGCAGACGUGCGCUCCUACACAGAGGACAGUGAGGACUCUCUGUCUCUGGACCUGGAUCUAGACUCCACCAGCUCGGGGCAGAUGAACCUUCUGGAGGAGAUCUUGGACUCUCUCACCACCUCCACCUCUGUAGGUGAGCAGGGCAAGCUGAGCGCUGCCAAGAGUCUGGACUUCUUCAGGUCCAUGGAGGAGUUGGACUACACCGGGCCUCUGAAGCCAAAGACGUGCAGUGACUCCAGACCUGCAGAUGGCGCUCUGGAGGACAAGGGCGGGUGGAACAUGGGGCAGGACGACAGUGCGGUUCAUGGGAAGCACCUGCCGCCCUCUCCCCGCAGACAGCCCACCAAGAGCAGCCUGAAGAGCUCCAAGAAGCCCCCCAGCUCCUCCAAGACCACCAACACCACCACCAACACAAACCCCAGUGUCCAGGCGCACUCCUCCCCCAUCAAGAUCUCUGUCUCUCGAGCACAGGACUAUUCCAGAUCUCUUCCUCGAACUCCUCCUUUCUACGACAGUCUGUCCACCGGCCGCCAGCCCCAGGACAGAUACUCCUACUCCCCGAUGCUGCACCACAGAGCCACGCCCCCCUCCCCCGUCAGCUCCUCCCCUCUCCCCUCUCCGACGCUGGGAGGACGAACCAGGACUUCAUCAGACCCACAGCCCAAUGCAGAGCCCCUGGAAGCCCCUCCCCCUGCGCCUGGCUCCACCAGCGUCCUGCGCCGUAAGGUCCUGUCCAAAGAAACCACCCGCACCUACCAGGAGAGGGCGCUGCACAGGCAGGGCAGUAAAGAAGGGAGCCCGGCCAGGAACUCAUCCGUGCAGGUGCCGUGGGAGAAGAGUCAGGGGGGUAAGGAGGGUCUGCUGGGGCUGGGCUUGUGUUUGGGGGUGACAGAGGCUGGGACACAGGUGCAAGGACUUCUGGAAGAGAUUGGAUGCUGUCUCGGGUCAGAAAUACAAAGCGGACUCAAUAAUUGUAACAGCCAUCAACAGGUUAACAGCAAAUCGGAAAAGUGAGAGAGGUUUUUCCAGAGCUUCAUUCACACAUAGAGUCUGAUCCUGGAAUUUUCCUGCUUUUUGCCAGAACUUCCAGAGUUAUGAGUGAACAGAGGUGGGUAGAGAAGACAGAAAUUGUACUCAAGUAAGAGUAACGUUAUGUCAAAAUAAUAUUACUCAAGUAGAAGUACAAAGUAGUGGUCCAAGAAAAGAGUAAACAAAAUAUUUGGGAAAACUACUCCUUAAGUAAGAGUAACUUAAAGGUGCACUGGUUAACUUUUCUGGUGGAGGGUCGGACCACCUGCUUGUUUCCAUGGUGAUGGUACUAUUUUGCCUUAAUUUUUCCGCAGUUUAGAAAUAAACUUGGUAAUCAAAAUGAAGACUGCUUAAUGGUCAGAUCUAUGGAGAAGCAAGCCUGGAAACAUGGUAUUUUUUAUCUAUAAAACACUCAAAUUUAACAAACAUGCGAGAUACCAUAGUUUAAUGCUCUACUGUGCAACAUUCCAGGCAAAGAAAUAACAUCUCCCUGGAGACAAGCAAGUAGUGGACCAUCUACCUCAGAAGUUACAUAGUGCACCUUUAAAGAUAAACUGUCUGGACGUGACAUCGGAUUUAUAAUUUGAGGUUAAUGUAACUUGAAGAUUAAAAAAGAUUUAAAAAUCACACAAUCUGGUAUUUUCAAAGGAAACAGACACAAAAAUGAGAAAAAAACGAAACUAGGAGCAAUCAAGAGUACUGUUACUUCCAUUAAAAAAACCUUCUACUACUACUACUUCUUCUCUGAAAAGUACAAUUUCUUUCCAAAGUUACUCAAGUAAAUGUAGUUGAGUAUUAUCCACCUCUGUGUGUGAACAAAGCCAGAACACAUUUUCCUUCAUUUCGGAUCUGGCAGUUUUCCGGUAAAUUUCCAGGAUUGUACGGGAGUGUUUAUGUGUGAAUGCAGCCAGCGUGGGGGAGAUGUUUUAGAGGUGAAGUUACCACUUUGUGAUGUCAUACAGUGGCCAGAUUAUGGUUUAAAACAGAAUCUGGUACAGGAGAACGCAAUACCUCACAUAUGAAUGGAUUUUAUAGAUAUAUUAACAGUUUAAGUCUCAAAGAUCAACUAAAACACAUCAUUCAACGACAGACGUGAGUUCAAGAUUUUUGGUGUAAUAAUUCUCCAUUAUUAUUAUUUUAAAUGGACCAAAGUGAGCUCUGCUCACACAGCUCUGUCGAUAGUAAAAUCACUGACAAAUAAAGGUCAAUAAAAGACAAUGAAAUAAAAUAAAGGGUACCGUAUUUUCCAGACUACAAGUCGCUCUGGAGUUUAAGUCGCACCAGCCAAAAAAUGCGCAAUAAAGAAGAAGUCGCACUUUUUGGGGAAAUGUAUUUUGUAAAAUCAGAGAUCAUUAACUGACAUUUCAUCUUGAAAGCCAUGUUAUAGUAAUAACAGAGAACAACAGACUGAACAGGCGUUAAUAUGUUAAUGUCACAUAUGAACAGUUAUUCACAUAAUUACAGCAUAAAUAACAGAACAUAAGUUUACCAAACUCACGUUCUCACUACAAAUCACUAAAUCCAUUGAAUUCUUCAUCCUCUGUGUCACUUCUGCGCAACCUCCAGAGAUAAACCAUAGAUCCAUGAGGUAAACAGAGCACCGCUUCCUCUUCUGUGUCCCUGUCGUCAGACUCUGCAUCAGUUCCAGUUAGAAUUAUUUCGACCUUUCUGAAUCCCGACAGGAUGGUUUCGAUUGUCAUUUAAGUUCAGGCUUUGUCGAUUCAUCCAGUGACUUCCAGGAAAGUUGCACAGCACACCCGCCCAGUUGCCGUGAAGCUGUAUUCUCCAUCCCUGCUUUCCACUAGUCAAUCACAGCUCACUUCAAAUGUUCUUUCUGCUGCGUGAUUACCGUUUUCAACUGCAUAUUUCACUAUUUGCAGCGAGACAGCGGUUAUUUCUACAGGAGACAUGCGCAGUAGAGCCUGAAGUGACAGUGGUACAGGAGUAAAAGUAGUCCUAGAUACUGACACACGAGCCUAGAACCUCUCGUAGCUGUCAGUCUGAAAAUUUUAAUAUAUAAGUCACACCGGAGUGUAAGUCGCAGGAAACACCCAAACCAUGAAAAAAGUGUGACUUGUAGUCCGAAAAAUACGGUACAUAUAGAAAGAACUCCUCUGUGGUUAGGUUAAGGUGGGCUAAGAGUCUUGCCCAAGGACCACAGACUGUAUGAAAAAGUGGACUAAGUGAGUGUGACGUCACCCACACUGGAGAAAAGUUACGUAUCUGUAAUUCAUAGCAGCCAAAGAGCCAAUCAGGAGAGGGACUGUUGAAGGUAACGCCCAUCCUCACGCUAGCAGGAGCAAGCUGGGGGAAGAAGGAGCCUGAUGUUUAUGUCUUGAUUUAUGGACAAAAAAGCAAAAUAAAAACAGCAGGAUCAUGUAGAGUGAGUUAAUAUGAAAAUUUUAAGACCAAAAUGACAAAGCUCACAGCAGCAGUUACGGAGAGAGGGGUGAAGUUUUUUCAAUAGAAAGUGAAUUGGAGCCAGAGUCGAUGCUCACUUCCUAUUUGGAACGUGGCAGCCAGCGGGUUAUUUAUGUCCACUUAUAUAUACUGUCAAGGGAUGGACAAAAUGAUAGUAUGACCUGAUUGGAGCAGGAUUUGAACCAUCAGUCUUCAGGUUAUUAAACAACUUGUCAUCCUGAAAGUGCAACUAAACCAUGAUGGUAACAAAAACAAAAAAGCAAAAUGACAAUAUUCAGGAAAACACAGCUGGCAUGAGAGUUAAGUGUGUUGCCCACUAAUCAAUGGUGGAUGUUUUGAUUCUUUGCCAUCAUUUUCAGCUAUAAUUACAGACAAAAAUCUUGAAUUUCACUUCAUUAAUGACAAAUGAUUGAACUGGUCACUGUAGCAGGACAUGAACUCUUAAGGUCAUUUUCACACUGAAGGUACUGUUUCUGUUUGGACUUCUGGAGUUGAUAUGUGACCUAGCGGUGUGUAGAGUUUAACCCGAGGCGCGCUGAGCCGUGGCGGACAACAGGGGGCGCUGAAGGGACCAGCUCCUCGGGCAGUACACGGGCAGAGAGAGGGUUUGGUGUCAAAGGUCUAUGAGGAAGAGGAGGAGGAAGAGGAGGAGGAGGAGUCACUAUGAUGGUGUUAUAGAGUCUGGACAUGUCUGUGGAGGAGCAGACAGGAGCAGACAGGAGCAGACAGGAGCAGACAGGAGCAGCAUUGCAGUGGGGUGAUAUAAAACCACAAAGUAAAUCUGCUAUAGAAUCAGAAAAGCUUUCUUGUCACUAAGUAAAUACUUUUAUGAUGUAGAUCUUUUUUGCUGUUGUUUUUUAGCCAUUCCCAAAUUUCAAUAUUUGUCUCACUAUUGUGGACGAUGACCAAUAUUUGGCAGAACCGAUAUUUACUGAUUUUAAAAUCCAUAACAAGGCCAACAGAUUCAUUUUAAGUUACCUUAAAAUUCACAAAUUAUCGUAGAAAUUCACAAAUUAUUGUAAAAUUUGUGAAUUAUCAUAACAUUUGUGAAUUACUGUAAAAUUUUAAAAUGAUCGUAAAAAUUCACUAAUUAUUAUAAAUUCACUAAUUAUCGUAAAAAUUCACAAAUUGUCAUAAAGUUCACAAAUGAUAGUAAAAUUCACAAAUAAUGAGAAAAUCUUGACAAAAUUCUUCCAUCAUGAUGUGUAAACGUACAGUAAUAUUUUUAGGCUUUUUUUUCCAUUUUCCUCGUCAGUCUGUGCAAUAUUAAUACUGGCUGCAUUUUCAGGCAGCCCAUUCCUAAAAAAUGAAUCACAAACUAGGAGGAAAAAUAUUUCAUAGUAAAAAAAAAAAGUUGAAUAAAAAAGAUGAAAUACAAAAUUUAGAAUAUGGACAAUUAAAACCCCAGUGGUAAUGAAGUUUUACUGUAACCUUUGUGUCUACAGUUAAUCUUAUCUAUUAAUACUAAUUUACAAAGUCAGUAUUAUAUAUUUUAAACAAUCAAUACCAUUUAUUAUAAUUAUUACAUUAAUAGUACAUAAAUGGCACAAAAUCUUAAGUUCAUGUGUGAAAGUUCAACAAAGAAAGUUUUAAUAUAACGCCUUUACUAUUUUUGACCUUGUGCGUCUUUAAUUGCAUUUAUUUUUUUACUUAAUUUAUUCAAUUUUCUGUAAAGAAUACAAUAAAUGCAGCUCCAGAAUCACACAUUCUCACUUUUACCAAAUCCUCUUCUGUCCUUUUGUUUUUCAGAACAAACAAAAACCAAGAACAGACAGAAAGAACAGUCCAAAAGUUCAAAUUAACCAUAACCAUACCAGAACUUUUUGUUUGCAAUUUGUGACAUCUGCCAUUACAAAUUUGACAUUGUUUUCAGAUUCACAUUUUUGUUGCCAUGUAGAAAAAAAAAAUCUUCUAUGAAUUUGAAAAAUAAAGACAGAAAUCAAAUUUAAGACUUCAACUUUGUCCGUAUGUGGAAAAGUGGUGAUCUUCUAUAUAACAUCUUUACACUGCUCCCGUCUGCUUCUUUCAUUUCUUUAGUUGUGACUAUUUUUACUGUAAUGAACACAAUAAGAGCUCCUCUAGAAUCUCAGAGACCUUUUACCAAAUCCUCCUGCCUCUUUUGUUCUCAUCAUUUCAAGCCAGUCAUGUCUUUCUAUUUAACUUAAAAUAAUGAUGGUACAUUUAUGAUUUUAUACAUUUGAAUGAUUUUGUCCUGGCCUUUGUUUGUACUAUGUAACGUUCAAUGCCUUACGGACAUUUGAGUUUUGCCCUGUGUUGUCUUGUUUGGGCACACAGUGAGGUACAUGUGUAACUGUUUCAA